GACAUUUUUAGUAUAAGCCGUUGCCGUCGUAAUAUAUAUCAGCUCAGGACUUUGCUUCUUAUUCUCAAACAUUUUACGUAAAUUUGCACACAAUGAGUUUCUUUACACGUUUUCUAAAUUUGCGUACAUUGUGCUCAAGUACAGCUAAAAAUGCCGAGCAAACUAUUCACAGAUUGCUAAUCCACCGUUUUCCUCAGGCAAAUGUAAAAGUAACGGAUGUAUCCGGAGGUUGUGGAGCUAUGUUUGAAGUUUUUGUUGAAGCACAAGAAUUCAAAGGCUUAAAUACUUUAAAACAACAUAAAUUGGUAACUAAUACUCUGAAGGAACAAAUAAAGGAGAUGCAUGGUGUACGUAUACAUACCUCAAUACCAGAUAAAAUCUAAAUUUUAGAAAUGUUAAUUUUAAUUAAUAAAUUUUUGUUAUACCUAAAAAA